CCCUGGGGGACCUGAUCGCCCCACGCGCGCCACCCCGCCGGGACGCUCCGCCCUCGGCCUCGCUGGUUGGCCCGGGCGCUGCAGCGAGCGGAGGCGGGAGGAGCUGGGCGCGCCCGCCACGCAAAACCACCACCGUGCUCAGUCCCCGGCGGCAGUGGCAGCGCUGACAGCGGCCCGUGCGCGUUGUCUCCACGGUGCCCUGCAUCCUGCAUCCCGCAUCCGCCACGCUCCCGGACUCCUCGCAAACGCCAGUGCUCACUAUGGGGAAGCCCACGAGCUCCGGAUGCGACUGGCGCCGCUUCCUACGGAAUCACUGGCUGCUGCUCUCCACCGUGGCCGCUGUGGUCCUAGGAAUUGUCAUAGGAGUCUUGGUUCGAGGACACAGUGAGCUCUCAAAUCUGGAUAAAUUCUACUUCGCUUUUCCUGGAGAAAUCCUGAUGAGGAUGCUGAAGCUCGUCAUUUUGCCACUGAUUAUAUCCAGCAUGAUCACAGGUGUCGCCGCUCUGGAUUCCAACGUAUCGGGAAAGAUUGGUCUGCGCGCUGUAGUGUAUUAUUUCUCCACCACAGUCCUCGCUGUAAUCCUAGGUAUUGUGUUAGUUGUGAGCAUCAAGCCUGGUGUCACUCAGAAAGUGAAUGACAUCAACCGAACAGGCAAAACCCCUGAAGUCAGCACUGUGGAUGCCAUGUUGGACCUGAUCAGGAACAUGUUCCCUGAGAACCUGGUUCAAGCCUGUUUUCAGCAGUACAAAACCAAGCGUGAAGAAGUGAAGCCUGCUGGUGAUCCUGGGGGGAACGGAACGGAGGCAUCUGUCACCACGGCCAUGACAACAAUGUCUGAGAACAAGACAAAGGAAUACAAGAUUGUGGGCCUGUACUCAGACGGCAUCAAUGUCCUGGGCUUGAUUAUCUUCUGCCUCGUCUUCGGACUUGUCAUCGGAAAAAUGGGAGAAAAGGGGCAGAUUCUGGUGGACUUCUUCAAUGCCUUGAGUGAUGCCACCAUGAAAAUCGUCCAGAUCAUCAUGUGCUACAUGCCGAUUGGUAUUUUGUUCCUGAUUGCGGGGAAGAUCAUAGAAGUUGAAGACUGGGAAAUAUUCCGCAAGUUGGGCCUUUACAUGGCCACCGUCCUGAGCGGGCUUGCAAUCCACUCCCUCAUAGUACUGCCGCUCAUCUAUUUCAUAGUCGUGCGGAAGAACCCCUUCCGCUUUGCCUUGGGCAUGGCGCAGGCUCUCCUGACAGCUCUCAUGAUCUCGUCCAGUUCAGCAACCCUGCCAGUCACAUUCCGCUGUGCGGAAGAAAAGAACCAGGUGGACAAGAGGAUCACAAGAUUCGUGCUGCCUGUUGGUGCCACCAUCAACAUGGAUGGCACUGCGCUCUAUGAAGCCGUGGCAGCCGUGUUUAUUGCGCAACUGAACGGCUUGAACCUGAGCAUUGGGCAGAUCAUCACCAUCAGCAUCACAGCCACUGCUGCCAGCAUUGGAGCUGCUGGGGUGCCCCAGGCUGGCCUGGUGACCAUGGUGAUCGUGCUGAGUGCAGUGGGGCUGCCUGCUGAGGACGUCACCCUGAUCAUUGCCGUUGACUGGCUCCUGGACCGGUUCAGGACCAUGGUGAACGUUCUGGGUGAUGCAUUUGGGACGGGCAUCGUGGAGAAGCUCUCGAAGAAGGAGCUGGAGCAAAUGGAUGUUUCAUCUGAAGUCAACAUUGUAAACCCCUUUACCUUGGAACCCACAGUCCUCGAUAACGAAGAAUCAGAUACCAAGAAGUCUUACGUCAAUGGGGGCUUCGCGGUAGACAAAUCUGACACCAUCUCGUUCACUCAGACCUCACAGUUCUAGAUGCCUGGCCUCAGAUACCCGGGAUUGUGAAGGCCAUCUCCACGGGAGCCAUCUCUUAGCAAACUCCAACAUUAAGGAACAAGGACACUAAGAGUCAGCUGUACAUUUAGUUUGAUAAACAGACCUCCAGAUUAUUUUCUACAUUUGGCUUUAUAGCCUUUGAUCUCUGGGUUUGGGGUUUGGGGGUGGGAUGAACUGAGAGGAAACUAAGAAAGUUGUGUUAUCUAGAUUUUCUAAUUCUAUAAAACAAAGUUUAGAAGUAUAAACUUAGAAGUAGUAACUAUUGGGAUUAGGUCAUAGAGAAAUUGCUUUCUCAUGCAUAGACCAGUGUUUGGGGUUUUUAAACAAUAUUAAUUGGUGACAAAUUUUUACUCAGGCUUUCUAUUGAUUGGACUUCCUUUUGCCUUCUUUUUAUAGACUAUAAUGCAUCUCAAAAGCCCCCACCCACUUAAUGUGCCAAAUUAUCCAUUUUGACCUCAUCUCCAGCUCCUCUCAAACUACCCUGGGUUAAAAAAAAAAAAAAAAAAGGAUCAGCAUAGUUCUGCAAUAACAGUUUAAAGAUAGUUGUGGGGUUUAGGGGAAGGGAAAGGGUUUUUUAUUCAAUGUACUGUAUCGAAACACUGGUAGCUGGUACCCAGUGUUCGGUAUAGAACUAUAUGUAUAUGUGUGUAUAUUUAUUAUUUUCAUGUAAUUUGCAAGACAGAGAUCAGUAAUGAACUAUCAAUGUGAAAUAAGCAGCUUUCCUUGUACUUGAAUCAAAACGAUAGUUUCGGCCAAGAUGUGCUUCGGAGCUCACCAGAACGCUGUCAGACGCUCUGGGAUGAGAGAUCAAGUUACUGGGUUACUGUGAUUCAAGCCCUAAAGCAGAAACAAACUGUGGUGAAACUCUAAGACGGCACAGCGGCACAGCCGUUCACUUACAACAGCUAGGGUCAAGCUCCCUGGAGGGGGGACUCCCAGUUAGCAUGGAAUAAGUACGUUUACAAAGGCACUGUUGAGGCAGGAAGUGCUCAGAUAGCAACGGAAGGCUUUGUUCUUCAAGUAGACCUCAAGACCCACUUCACAAGGCUGUCCCUUUUCUGCCCUUGGUUUUCUCUGCCCCGCAGGGCCAAACCAGCAGUGGCAAGCCAUCACCCGAGCUGUUUCAAAACAGGCUGCCUAAACUGAAAAGGCCUCCUUGCAAGGUGGCCAAGCCAUCCUUACACUGGAGUCUUUUUAUUUUAUCUCUUGGUAUUUUUAUUUUUUAGGUUUUUUUUUUUUGAGACAGAGUCUCUCUACAUAGCCCUGGCUAUCCUGGAACACACUAUGUAGGCUAGACCAGCCUCACACUCACAGAGAUCCUCCUGCCUCUGCCUCCUUAGUGCUGGCCUCAAAGGCAAAUGCCACAAUGCCCAGCUCUACACUGUAUUCUUACAGAAGAGAAGCCAGGCCAUAAGCGAUGGGUGCCAGUGGUUCAGGGGAAAGGUUCAGUCCUUCUCUGAAGAGGACUGUCCUGAGAAUCUUGGCCUUGCGGCUUAGACUCCUGUGUACCUUUCUCCUGCUAAUUCCUGAAGAUGGCUUAUGAAAAGUCUGUGCUUCUGUCCUUAUCCUGCAAAAAGAACCCAACAAGAAUUUGUUCUUAGCAUGGAGAUGGAUUCAUAACAGCCAUGAUUCAGUAGUGCCCUUAGGUCAUCUUAAACUCGCGCUUUUAUAUUGAAGACGCCAGGAAUUGUGCCAAAGAUAACAGGAAGGUAAGCGAAUGCUCAGUGUUGGCCACGUCCACCUGAAAGCUACAGACUGACCGUCACAGUGACCCGUGACUCCGAACUUUGAAGUACAAAUAUCUGUAUUCUUCAUAGGAAGUAAAUCUAAAUCUAAAUGAGGUUUAAUGAAUACUUUAUUUAGGGAUGGAAGGUUCUGUCCCCUUAUCAGGUGGCUCUCAUUAGUGGCAGUGAACUGGCAGAGCUGCUCACAAGGUCACUGGGGUCAUCCUUGUAACCAGCCACUUAACACACUGUGCUGUUAACUCGAGGACAUGUUCCAUUUCCUUCUCAAUAAACAUCUCCCACACUCUUUCUCCCCUUA